AUGUCCCUAUUGGACUUCUGGGAGACACAGCGGCCUGUGAAACGGCGGCGGGCCUCUGAGCAGCCGAGGGAGAGUAACAAUGCAGAGGCGGGGCCUGAGAUAAAACGGCCGCUGAGUCCGAGUUUGAGUCCGAGUCCUUCGAUCGAUGUGAGGGAUACACCUACAGCAGAGGACUUGGGAUAUAUUCCCAGCAGCCAGACGGAUCUCGAGACGUCACUCCCUGCCAUCAAGACCGACGAGGAUGCGAUUGAAGAGUAUGAGACGUCCAAGAAUGAUAACGAGCCUGGGUUGCAUGUGAGACUACGAGAUGGAGUCUGGCAGAAAGGCAAAAGCUCUAUCUAUGUUGAUGCGUUCAAUUUAGCACUCGAGACUGUGUUGGAUGAGGAAUCGCAUCUGUUCGACGAGACCGAAAUGGAAAUCUUCAGCCAAUGGCGGGAGCUCUCUUAUGAAUCCCAAUAUCUCUAUGUGCGGCUGUUCCUGCGCAAGACCUCUGCAUGGCAUCGUAUCAACAGACUGAACUAUUACUCCGAUAUCUCGGAUUUGUUCUCAGUCGCCGAAGACCUGCAGAGAGAGCGAAGUUUGCCUGACUCGAAUCUCGGGGAAACAUUUAGAUUCGCUGAGGGCAUAGAAGAGAUAACAACGCUGGAAGAGGCGUCAUCACUUCUGUUGCUCGAGGAGCUGAAAGUAUUUGCAAAAGAAGCCAAGGUGCAAGGUAAGAGCAAGAAAGAGCUGCUGGCAGGUCUUCGCGAAACGAGCCAGACACAGACAGGACUCAAAGACACGAACAACAGAGAUGGCCACUUUACCCAGAAGAUACUGGACCACACGGGUGGAUGUAUCCGGCUCUCGUCCAUCCCCCGUGCUCUCUUCGAACGAGUGCAUCUAGUCUUCUACCGAUCAACCGAGUGGACCGAAAAGUCCCUCACAACAAUAAUCCUGGCCAAAAUGUCCAAGAGAAACUUCCCCGAGUACAUCGUCUGCCGCUCAAACUCGAUAUUCUCAUCCAGAGAAGCACUAUUAGAAUUCGAGGCCGCCAUACAAACCCAGUUUGCCAUAGAUAACAUCCUCGAAUUCAACGGUCCACCCACAACUGAAUCCCUACAACAAAUCAUCGACCUAGCAAAUAAGUUCCACCCGCGAUGGAAGGAACUAGUCAACCAAGAACAACAAAAAGAAGACAGCAUCUACGAAAGCGGCGAAGGCGCUUAUCUGCGUCGGUUCUCGCCAGCAUGGGUAUUCACCAGAAUCAUCCACAAAAGCCUGCACCCGCUCGGCCGGUUCAAGGAGCAUAAACGCGAGCACGAGGUUCUCGAAGAACUUCUCGCUCAACGACUCUUCCAUGCUGCGCGGCGCGGCGCAUGGUAUCAGCGUAAAGCAUUGCUGGAAGAACAUUACAUGGCGGCUCUGACGCCGGCUGGGGAUCGCAGUGAGGAGAAUCAGCGGAAGCAUUGGAAGAGGAUUGCGUUGAAGACGUGCGAGAACGGGUUGGAAGACCCGUUGUGUCAUCUGAUCUUUCAUUAUGAUUUGCAGAAGCGGAUUACGAAGCUUGAGAAGGCUCUUCGGGUGGUUAAGCGUGAGCAGCAUGAUUUUGGUCAUGUCAUGCUUGGGAGACCGGCUGAGCGGAUUGUUGAGGGUAUCCGGGUUGACACGGAGGAUAUGCCUCGGAAGGGGAAGGCGACUGUUUGGGUUGAUGAGAGGGAAGGGGGUGAGUGUAGAGUUGAGAGUAUGUGUUUGAGCUGGUACCGCGAUCAUGGCUGGAAGGGGUAUCACUCUGAGGGAGGUAUUGUUCGGACCUUGUUUGGUUACCUCUUCUACGAUAUUUUGUUUACCUACGUGCCCAACGUCUUUCAGACGGCAUUUCAGACAUGUCCGCUGGAUCUACACACGGAUGUUUUCUAUCCGUCUCGUGCAUCUGAAAUCAAUCAUCGGCUGGUUGAGAUUACGAAUGGUGACGCAGAGCGUAUUAUCCGGGAGAUCCAUUCUCGGGAAGGCGAAGCGCAGCCCUGUGCUGUUGGUCUUGACUGGUCCUUUGAUCUGGAGGACUUGGUUGAGAUCGUGCAAUGUUUCCGCGGCGAAGCUCUUGCUACCAUCUGCAAGGUCAUGGCACAGGAGUAUCAGCAGCGCGGCGGAGGCAUCCCGGAUUUGUUCCUUUGGAAUUAUGAGACGCGGACGGUGAUGUUUGCUGAGGUCAAGUCGGAGAAUGAUCGGCUGAGUGAUACUCAACGGCUGUGGAUUCAUAUCCUCUUGUCUGCAGGGGUCAAGGUCGAGCUUUGUAAUGCUGUUGCGAGGGAAGUUAGAACGGAGUGA